GAAGAAUUGGGCCUAUGAGUAACUGUCUCUUAUCUGAACGUUAGACCUUGUUGGCAACCCGAACUCGCGCCAGCUCAUGGUGUCAUGGUCCUUCCCUGUCCUUCAUCGGCCCAGGUACUUAUUGAUGAUAGGUGGGCUUCGUGACAGUCAUCUCGGCUGACCUAUCGUCUGAAAUCAUCAUUUCCCCUUUUUAUUCCCGGGAAUCAUCGAAAUGGAUGACACCCUCUUUCAGCUGAAGUUCUGUACAAAGCAGUUGGAUCGCCUUUCUCGACGUGCCGAAGUGGAACAAAGGAAAGAGCAAGCAAAAGUGAAGAAGGCUCUGCAGAAGGGGAACGUGGAGGGUGCCAGGAUAUAUGCAGAAAAUGCCAUACGUAAGAAGAAUGAAAGUCUGAGCUACCUGAGAAUGUCAUCAAAAGUUGAUGCGGUUGCAUCAAAAGUUCAAUCAGCCCUCACGAUGAAGUCUGUCACUAAGAAUAUGGGAAGUGUGGUGAAAGCUUUGGAAAAGGCCUUGAAUUCCAUGGACCUUCAGAAGGUAUCAGCCGUCAUGGAGAAGUUUGAGAAGCAGUUUGAAGACAUGGAUGUCAGAACUUCAGUUUUGGAGGAUGCCAUGGGGACAGCCACAACCCUGACAACACCGAAGGAACAAGUGGAUUCACUCAUUCAGCAAGUUGCAGAAGAGGCUGGAUUGGAAGUAAUGGAUCAGUUGGCUGCAGCAAAAGCAGUCCCUGCUGGAAGUGUUGCAUCCACAGAGAAGGACCGUGUCACCCAAGAAGAGGACUUGCUUUCACGAAGAUUGGCAGCAUUGCGUGAAGCCAACUGAUGACAUGGGAGUGAAUCACUGUGAUACGUGGUAUGACGGACUUGAGUACCUUCGUUUCCAACAAUUGGAAAGCUACAUGUCAAGAUGUUUUGAUGCAUAUUCAAGAAUGCUAUCACCCUUCAAGAUCACUAGCCAUAUAAUGACCUGAGAACUUUUCUAUUCCCUGAGUCUCCUUAAUUUGAUGUAAUAAAAAAAUACUGCCUGA